AUGAACCGGAUUGGGCCACGACGUAAAGGAUUCCGGGCAAAACAAAACGGAGCCGCACAGACAAAAGAGAUCAUCGAACCAGUGAUGGCGAGUGGUGUUUGCGUACAUUCGGUUCUUCCGUUCAAGUCGGCCAACUCCGUUGAUGCCAGAGGAGCAAAACGCGAAAUGCACCGUCAAGGCACCAACCAAUCGGCUUGCUCCGACAGCGACGAGUUCACCCAGGAGGAGCUGCAGGAGUUAGCUCAAGCAUUCAAACUUUUCGACAAAGACGGCAACAAUACCAUGAAUAUCAAAGAACUCGGAGUUGCAAUGCGCACGUUGGGCUUGAAUCCGACCGAGGAGGAACUUCUCAAUAUGGUCAAUGAAUACGAUGUGGACGGGAAUGGAAAAAUCGAUUUUGGCGAAUUCUGCAAGAUGAUGAAAGAAAUGAACAAAGAAACCGAUCAAGAGCUGAUUCGUCUCGCAUUCAAAGUGUUCGACAAGGACGGCAAUGGCUAUAUCACAGCUCAGGAAUUCAAACAUUUUAUGACGACAAUGGGCGAGAGAUUCAGCGAGGAAGAGGUCGAUGAGAUCAUCAGAGAAGUUGAUAAGGACGGAGAUGAGCAGAUCGAUCUCGACGAGUUCGUCAACAUGGUUGCUCCGAUCGUUUCAGAAGGAAAUAAGACUGAUCCAUUCGCUGAGCCGGCAACGUCGACAACGGCCAAAUAG